CUUUGGACCAUCCUGGUCUCUAAUGUAACCCAACCAAACCCUUCUCUCAUUCCUUAUCCCCUCCUCCACCUCUCUCUCCCCCCCCCCUCUCUCUCUCUCUCUCUCUAUCUCCUUCCAGCCAUGGCUUCUGCAACCGCCACUCUUCUGAAGCCACUAUCAAGCUCCGAAACCUGCCUCGCCGCGGUGCCACCCGCCCUAUUCGCCCUCCAAAACCAAUACCCAAUUCUCUCACUCCCCUCAAAACCCACCAAGCUCUCACAAAUCUCCUGCUCCUUCACUCCCUCACUCUCCUCGUUUCUCUCUCUAAAGCACAAGUCUUUGCCUCUCCUCCGCGUGGCUCAGACCUCCGACUGGGCUCAGGAGGAAGAAUUGAAAGAAGAGGCCGAAAGCGCAGAGGAGGAGGGAGCAGAGGAGAGCUCCGGCGACGGAGUUUUGGCGGUCGGAGAAGAGGAAUACUAUCCCGAGCCGCCGGAGGAGGCCAAGCUCUUUGUGGGUAAUUUGCCUUAUGACGUUGACAGUGAAAAACUUGCUAAUCUUUUCAAUGAUGCUGGAGUUGUUGAGAUUGCUGAGGUGAUUUACAACAGGGAAACUGAUCAGAGCCGAGGAUUUGGGUUUGUGACUAUGAGCACUGUUGAAGAAGCUGAGAAGGCUGUGGAGAUGUUCCACCGCUACGAUAUAGGUGGGAGGGCUUUGACUGUAAACAAGGCUGCUCCUAGAGGGUCACGCCCUGAAAGACCCAUUCGAACGAAUGAGCCUUCAUUCAGAAUCUAUGUUGGUAAUCUUCCGUGGCAAGUGGAUGAUUCUCGUUUGGAGCAGGUUUUCAGUGAACAUGGAAACGUGGUCAGUGCCAGGGUAGUUUAUGACCGGGAAUCAGGGCGUUCACGUGGGUUUGGGUUCGUUACAUUCUCUAGCGAGACAGAAGUGGACAAUGCCAUUGCUGCCCUUGAUGGACAGAGUUUGGAUGGCAGAUCAAUCCGAGUAAACGUUGCUGAAGAGCGACCAAGGCGUCGUUCAUUUUGAAUUUAACAAGAUAAUUGUAUGAGCUCUUCAAGAUUCGUGCUUAGUUUCGGGUGGGGAUCCUGGGUAUGUUUCUUCUUUGACGAGAAAUUUUCUUUUAGGGAUCCAAGGUUUAUGUAGAUAGGUUAUUAUUUUGUAUCUCUUGCACGUCGACAACAGUAUGGCCUGUAUUGUUCUCACUCUUGUCAAUCCAAUGCAAUUCUCGCUCUCAUCUGAUUAA